AUGACAGAUCAACUUCAGACACAAUCAGCUCGCAUGGAAACCGGUCUGUAUUCACCACCACAGUUUGAAGGCAAUCGUAAACUUAAAAGAUUGACUAUAGAUGAUCCUAUACUGUUCACACCGCCAUCUCCCCCAAUCUCUUCUUCUCCCAAGUUUGAUGGUAAUCAAAGCCGUAAAAAAUUAACUGUAGAUAGAUCAAUAACGUUUACACCUCCGUCUCCCGCAGUCUCAAAUUCUCCGAAGUUUAAAAGUAAUCAAAGCCUCAAAAAAUUGACCCUCGAUGGUCCCCUAACCUUUUCACCUUUGACACCCAUUUCCCCUUAUGCCGAAGAAGAGCAGACGGAGACAAGCGGAGAUGCCAGAGAUACAUCAACGAAACAACGCUUAAAGCCUCUUGUCUGUGAUAUAUUUGGAAGUGACUCGCCUGGUUCCUCUAGUGAAGAGGAGUCUCCUCCAUCACCGUACAGGGGAAAAUGUGGCGGUAUCAAACCCCCGUGCUUCAAGUUAAGUGCACACUUCGGAGAAGAACCAUCGAGUUCUGGAAUAUUACAAAACGUCAACGGUAGAGAGUUUCAGCAUUUCAUCAACAAGCAGACGAUUGCUGUGGUCAUGUUUUACGACAGCACUAAGAAUACUCUAGACACACUUAAAGUCUGGGCCAGAGAGUCUCUAAAGCAGAAAACCCUGGUUCCGGACCGGGCCUACGGGUCUGUCGACUGCGCCACGGAAACAGAGCUGUGUGCCCGCGAACACAUCGCUUCCUAUCCGCUCUACAAAAUCUAUGCUGGAGGCUACCCGGUCAGUUCCGCGAAACAUUUCAAGCUGUUGAAUUUAGAUUAA